AAUUUGUUACCUCCCCAUUGUCAUCUGUGAGUUAGUGAUCGCUGCAGUGCCGUGUUGUGUGCAAACAAAGCCGCCAAGGAAACGAUAAUGCAAUCCUCAACCAUCAUUGUCCUGGUUUGUCUCGUGGUUGUUGUCGCGAGUGUUCAAUACGAACAAUUAGCCGACGAACAUAACGUGGACACAAACAUUGAAUCACAAAACACACCACUGCACGAGAGAAGUGCGAGAACGAAACGAGGUCUGCUACUUCUUAAGAAGAAACUCAUCCUUGGGGCUUUAGGUUUGAAGGCGGCGAAAGCAGGAGCGGUUGGUGCGGGGGUGGUCGGCGCCCUCGCCCUCAAGAAACAGUCAGUACCAAGAGUCACUAUACAAACUGAACAACGCUAUCCAAAACACGUCGAAGUUCAUAGUUGGUCAGGUUAAGCUGAGUGGAAUUUCUGUUAGAGCAUCUACAGUGCCGGAAGAAAUACUAGAAGUUAUCCUGCCACAUAGUUAAGAUUAUUUUAGUUAAGACCGAUGGGUAUUUUUAAUUAGAUAGACGUAAAUUUACAAAAGCUUUAAGUCAAUAGACAAAAUUUAACUAUUUCGAUUGAUUCAUAAUACUGCCGAUGGCCAUAACAUUACUUCAUCUUUUAUUACUGGCAGUAAAAAGAAAGUAUAAUAAAACCAGCUAAUGGAAUAGAAAAAUCUCAAUAGAAAUAUAAUAGAUGAGUUAUCAUCUUAAUAUAUGGCACAAAAAGGUGUUAUAUGUUUUGAAAGAUGUUGCCAUCACUCGUAUAAAUCAAUAUAUGGAAAUAAUGACAGGAAGGCAAAGGGAUAAAUGCUUACAAUAUUUUUGGGACUGAACAGCCGUUUCAUAUAUACAUUUCUUUUAGCGGGUUUGUAAUAAUGCCACAGAUUUUCUCACCCGCCAUCAAUUGCUUCCUUUAUUCAUCAUUCAAGCGGAAUUUUUGAAUGCUCGGUCAUAAGUGUUUAACACCAGCGUAACGUUGCGUUUGUUAUAAUAUUUAUAACAAACAAUGACCUGUCUAUCUUUGUUUUGUUUUUAUUAAAUGUUAUAUACCAAAC